UGGCAUCUCCGAAUCGUGCCCUAUAUAUAGCUUUCUUCCAGUGCUUCGCCAUUCGUAGAAGUUCGGGUUUGGCGUUAAGAUGCCAUCAACAAAACUUCCUGUGAUUUUAGCGGCCAUUAUAGUCAUUUAUAUUCGUAGCAAUGGUGCAGUGUCUGCGAAUACUAAUAAAAUGGAAUCGACUGAUGCCAAUUCCAAUAUGUCCAAACUAAGUAAUGCAAUCGAAGUGGAAAAACGAAUGCCUGGAAACAUGUAUCAGAUAUCGGGAGGCAGGUUGUUGGAAAUCAAGGAGGUGCCAUAUCAAAUUGCCUUGUUCCGAAAUAAUUUUUUUAUUUGUGGUGGUUCUAUAUUGAGCCAGGAUUGGAUUGUCACAGCUGCCCAUUGUGUCUAUGGAGGCGGUCACUUUGGCAUACGCGUUGGUUCCGCAAAUAGUGGAAAAGGUGGUCAAAUUCGUUUUAUCAAUACUGUCGUCAUUAACGGAGGCUUUACUUCGCUAAAUCUACAGAAUGAUAUAGCUAUGCUUCGUGUCGAUAAACCCUUUAUUUGGUCGUCAAGUGUUCUGCCUAUACGACUCGCUGCCAAUAACACCAGCAUACCAGAGAAAUUGUUCGUCAGUGGAUGGGCCAGUGUUGGGGAAAACAGUAAGCCAGAACUUCAUUUGCGGGGAGCCACAUUGGAAGUCGUUUCGAACAAGGAAUGCCGUUCGGCAUAUAAGAAAAAGUAUUCUAUAACGGAGGACUUGAUUUGUACAGUGGCAACCGGAAGAGAUGCCUGUCAGGGAGAUUAUGGCGGACCAUUGGCCCACAAGGGUGUAUUAUAUGGAAUCAUAUCAUUUGGAGUAGGAUGUGAAAGUUUUCAUGUUCCUACUGUCUACACAAGUGUGCAUCGUCAAUAUCGAUGGAUAAUGAAUGUUGCACGUCGUUAUGGAGGUCAGGAACCUAUGCUUGCGCAGCAUUUAUUAAGGGGCCCAACGAACGAAAAACCAUAGGCGUUUAUUUUUCUCCCUCCAGAUAGCGAAUUUGCAAAAUAAGAUAGGCAAGAGAAUUUCAAUAACAACACUGAUUUUAUGUG